AGGGUUGAGCACUUGUGACCAACAAUAAAUAACUUCUUUCAUCUGAAUGUUUUCAAAUCUAAAGCAAUUUCACCAAACAGGGUAACUAUAAAUAACUAAUCUAAAAUUGAAGUAGUCUGUAGCGUAAUGUACUCAUCAAGUUUUAAUUAUUUACACAGUAAAACAAUAAAAAAACGGGGAAAUAUAUCUACACAUUUAUUCGGUAAUCUUAAUUGUAUGCCUACAUAACACAGACCAGUAGACCUAUAGAUGGAAUAAUUUUUUGGUUUGUUUGAAACCCGGAAGGUGAGAAAAGGCGCACAUUCUUUCCAAAACGCUGUGGGUUAUAUGAGGGAUGGAGGGAACUCUGCCAUGUGAAACUCAACGCAUGCGCGAUGUCGGGCUCAGUCAUCAACGUGCUCAUAACAGAAACGACCCACGAAGGGGGAGAAAUUUGAAAUUCCAAGGAAAUUUCAUUUUUUUCAGACAAUCAUAUUCACCACGGAGACACCUGUACACUAUGUGUUGGCGCGUGCAGAGACAAUGACAUUAUGAACGCGGAUACCACGAGGCACCGGCUGCAAAAUUAGGAGGUAAUGAGACUGAACUAGAGUGUGCACAGGGGUGUGAGUGUGUGUGUGUGUGAGAGAGAGUGGAGUGUGUGUGUAGGUUAUUGUAAUGGCAGUGGACAAGGGCGCUGUGCUCAAGAAGGAUGAGAAGCAUCAGCAGAAGCCUUUGGAUGAUCGGAAAGGCUCAGGAGAGACGCCCCUGCAUGAGCGCGGCCAGUGGGCCAGUAAGGCAGAGUUUCUUUUAGCCGUCGCAGGGCAGAUCAUCGGCCUGGGCAACGUCUGGCGCUUUCCCUAUCUCUGCUACAAAAAUGGAGGAGGAGUGUUUUUUGUGCCAUACCUGCUUUUCCUGGUCCUGUGUGGAGUUCCAUUGUUCCUGCUGGAGACGUCGCUGGGUCAGUUCACCUGUCUGGGUGGAGUCAGUGCAUGGAGGAGUUUAUGCCCACUCUUUGGAGGUCUCGGUUAUGCCAGCCAGAUAAUGAUUCUGCAUGGUUGUGUGUACUACAUCGUCAUCUUGGCCUGGGCUUUCUUCUACUUGUGCUCCAGCUUUCAGAGUGUGCUGCCGUGGUCCCACUGCAAUAACACCUGGAACACAGAGGCAUGUGUGGAAUUUGGGAGACACAACACCACAGCCAAUGCAAGCGGUUUAAUGGAAAAUGCCACAUCUCCAGUCAUGCAGUUCUGGGAGAAUGAAGUGCUGAAGCUCUCCCCAGCCCCUGAUCAGCUGGGGUCGGUUAACUGGCGUCUGGCUCUCUGUCUGCUGCUGGUCUGGGUUGUCUGCUACUUUUGUGUGUGGAAAGGUGUCAAAUCCACAGGCAAGGUGGUGUAUCUCACUGCUACGUUCCCGUAUGUGAUGCUGUUUAUCCUACUGGUUCGCGGGGUCACUCUGCCAGGGGCCUCGACCGGAAUCAUCUACUACCUCAAGCCCAAUUCCACACGGCUAUCAGACCCUCAGGUCUGGAUGGAUGCUGGAACUCAGAUAUUCUUUUCCUAUGGCAUCUGCCUGGGCAGCCUCACUGCACUGGGUAGUUACAACAGAUACAACAAUGACUGCUACAAAGACUGCUUCCUGUUGUGCAUGCUGAACAGUGGCACCAGCUUCCUGGCCGGCUUCGCCAUCUUCUCUGUGCUUGGCUUCAUGGCUGAGGAGCAGGGCGUGGACAUAGCGGACGUGGCCCAGUCAGGACCAGGACUGGCGUUUAUAGCGUUUCCGAGGGCCGUCUCAAUGAUGCCACUACCUCAGCUCUGGGCUGUCUGCUUCUUCCUGAUGAUCAUCAUGUUGGGACUGGACACACAGUUUGUGAGUCUGGAGGCCUUGAUGACGUCAGUCUCGGACCUGUACCCCACCGUGAUCCGCCGAGGCCACCGCCGAGAGCUGCUGCUGCUCGUCAUCUGCCUUAUCUGUUUCCUGGUCGGCCUGGUGAUGGUCACGCCGGGAGGGCUGUAUGUUUUCCAGAUCUACGAUCACUUCUCCUGCAGUGGAGCCAGCCUGCUGCUGUUGUCCAUCUUCCAGUCUGUGGCUGUGGGAUGGGUCUAUGGUCCAGAGCAUUUCUCUGAGAACAUCAGGAGCAUGAUCGGUUACCAACCCUCUUCCGUCUUCCGGCUGUGCUGGAGGUACCUCACCCCCACCGUCUGCAUCGGCACGUUUGUGUUCUCUCUGGUGCGUUGGGCCCCGCUGAACCUGGGGAAAGGCGUGGUGGCCCCUGGAUGGGCCUCGUCUCUGGGCUGGCUGCUCACGCUGUCCUCUGUGUCAAUGCUGCCCCUCUGGGCCCUCUACGCUCUUCUCAACACACCAGGCAGCUUCAAACAGCGAGUGCGCCUGCUAUGCCAGCCAGCUGCUGACUCCCCUCUGGCCCACAAGCACCUCGGCAACGACUGCGACCUGACCCUCGACCCCAGCAAGAGCCGAACGUCCGAGAAGCUCCUUGUGGGGGGCGUCAUCUAGAGCCGCCCACUCGGCUGAAGACUUGACUUUUUGCGUGUGUGUGUGUGUGUGUGUGUGUGUGUGUGUGUGUGUGUGGGACUGUCAAACCUUACAGUGGUUACCUGCGUGAGAGAGAGAGAGAGGGAGUGUGGGUGUGUGCUUGCAGAUGAUGUGGUGUAGUUAGUCUAAUAGCACGAAGAAAGAAUAAAUUAUUCUUCAUAGGACGGUAGUUUAUUUUUGUGAGCACAAAAAAGUAAUUUUACUUUAUUACAUACAUUCAUUAAACGAUAAUACAUUGAAAAAACAAACAAACAAAAGUUCUGAAAUCAUGGUAAAGAGGUGCUAAAUAUGUGUAUCAUGUCCAGUUAGCUGGAGCGAUGCUUCAGUGCAAUCCAUUGAUCUUUCUUUCACAUUACUAGCUUGAAAUUUCCCCCCCAAAAUACAUACUUGAAGGUUUCAAUAUCAAGGCACAAAUUCGCCUUUGUUUACAGGGCUUUGGUUUUGUGUUCUUUUUGUGUUUCAUUGUAACUGUUGGGGGGAGGGGUGUUUUUUUUGUACUGCGCAACAAUAAAAAUGUCAUCAUAGUCCAGUGUCAGAUAUAUAA